AUGGGCUGGAACUCCAAGUUGAAGAAUAGCGACGACCGUCAGGCUCUAGAGUCGACGACACCUCUCAAUACCAAGACAACAUCGUGGCUAAAAGAUCCUGGACUCCGUCCCCUCAAUUUCGGUCUCUUCUUCCUGCUAUUCGGCGAUGUCGCUCACGGUUUCGACGGAUCCUUGAUCAACAAUCUUCAACAGAUUAGCAAAUGGCAAGAUGGUGCAGCAAUCUGCACAGCGACAGUGAACCACGGAGCCUUCAUCGCUGGCCGUAUUCUUCUUGGCAUGGGAGGAGUCAUGUGCUCUUCCGUUUCGACUGUCUUGAUGACGGAGCUGGCGUACCCAUCCCACCGGGCCACGGCGACGGCAUUGAGCAGCACGACAUACAGUGUCGGGGCCAUCUUGGCUGCCUGGGUAGCCUUUGGGAGUUUCCGAAUUUCGGAUUCUUGGGCGUGGAGAACGCCGACACUGAUUCAGGCGUUUCCAUCGGCGAUGGUGCUCUGCGGACUCUUUUUCUUGCCGGAAUCGCCUCGAUGGCUUUGCAGCAAGGGCAAGGAACAGACGGCGCUUGAUAUCCUGACGGAGUACCACGGCGCAGGUGAUGCCGACGACGCAGUUGUACAGCACGAAUAUGCCGAGAUCAAAGAAACUAUCGAAGCGGAGAUCACGCAGAACAAGAACCCUUUCCACCUCAAGGCUCUUUUCGCAACCCCAGGCAACCGGUGGCGAUCGUUCAUAAUCAUCUGGUGCGGGAUAUGCAAACAAUGGUCUGGGAAUGGGCUAGUAUCGUACUAUCUGGGGAGCAUGCUCAAAAGCGCAGGUAUCACCAAGCAGAUCGAGACAACAUUGAUCACUGCAACAUCUCAGAUGUUCAGUUUCGCAUGUUCCUUUGCGUUCGCCUUCCUCCCGGCGCGUGUCGGCCGCCGGCCCCUCAUGCUGACAAGUAUGGCCGGAAUGUGGGUGGUAUUCGCAGUCAUCACGGCCACGUCCGGCGCCUACGUCGAGACAGGGAACCGCCACGCAAGUUACACCACCGUAGCAUUCAUCUAUCUCUACAGCGGUGUGCAUAACCUAGGCUGGACGGGGGCACAAAUGCUUUACAUUGUCGAAAUCCUUCCCUACACCAUCCGCGCCAAGGGCAUGGCCAUGUUUUCUCUUGUCGCGGGUAUUUGUGGAGCUUUUAAUACCUAUGUUAAUCCUCUCGGCAUUGCAGCCAUGUCCUGGAAGUUUUACUUCUUCUACGUUGGCUGGAUCAUCGUCCAGUUUAUCGUUGUGUACCUGUUCUUCCCCGAGACCAAGGGACCUAGUUUGGAGCAGAUCGCGCUGCUUUUCGAUGGUAAAGAUGCUCAGAUGGGUCGAGUCAAUGUUGUGGCUGAAGAGAUGCUCAACGAGAAGGGCGAAAUAGCGUUCCAGGAAAAGCAACAAUUGUAG